UCGUUUUGAAGGGUUUUAACGUGGACAUGCUGUGCAUUUUUGUUAAUGCUACUGAUGUUUACCAUCAUUGUUUUAAUGGUUUAUGGGAUCUCUGUCGGUUAUCACUACGCACAGAAAGAGCUCGCUUCAUUUGCUAUGUCGUCCAGAACGACGACAGAAGAAACAAUAGUGCGACGAGCGGGUGGAGACAGUCGCCCGAUUGUGCGCCUAGUAGCUGUCAAUCGAACAGAAGUUGAACAUGCGCCACAACCUAUUCUAGAGGUACAACGUUCAGCGAGAAAACAAGGUGGAGAAAAAGUAUAUCUAGAAACAUCCGUUACUCCAGUUAUUGUAUUAGAAACUGAAAGGCCACCAAAAGAGCCGGAACUAUCCCCUCACGAAAGAGAACUUGCAAGACGACUAAUCGGACGUUACCGUCGAUCCCGCAAUAACGUAACACUUAGUGGCAUUCCAUUUUUUAGACCACUGAACAGCAGUGAGCCAACACCAUUAUCACCUCUUGCUGCUUAAUCUCCAAUAUCAACGUCCAUGGUUGUGAUUAAAAUUGUAGGUAUAUUCAUAAUAUAUGGAUGAUGCUCAGUCUCUAAUAUCUUUGAAGAGUGUGUACUUAUCGUCUAUA